UCGACGUCGGUACCGGAGGGUCACCCAAAUUUCAGAAACAUACCAGCAUGGAGUGGACACUUGGAUUGACAUGACGAGUAUCUCUUCUCUCUUCUCCAAAUCUUCUCCCGGAGCCCUCAGAAAUCUUCUCAUUUCCCCAAAACUCGUUCUUCAUACAAACCCUAAACGUUAUCUCAAAACCCUAAAAACCUCGCCUGUCUCAUCUCGGAUGUCGGAAACCCGCAGCACUGUCGGAUCCACUGGGGCCGCGCCCGUCGCAUCAUCCAACGGCGGAGAUGCGGGCCGCCGGAUUGGGCGCUUCGUGUUGUCUCCGUCAAGCUUUCUCCUGAUCCAGAAGGGUGAUAUCACCAAAUGGUCCGUUGAUGGUGUGUCCGACGCCAUCGUGAAUGCAGCUAACGAGAUGAUGCUUGGAGGUGGUGGUGUAGAUGGAGCUAUACAUAGAGCUGCUGGUCCAGAACUCCGAGCAGCUUGCUGGGAUGUCCCAGAGGUCCGGCGUGGUGUUCGGUGUCCCACUGGGGAAGCAAGGAUUACCCCAGCUUUCCGAUUACCUGUUUCUUGUGUUAUUCCCACUGUGGGACCCAUAUAUGACACUGAUGAUCACCCUGAGGUUUCUCUACAAAGUGCAUAUAGAAACAGCUUAAGUCUUGCAAAAGAAAACAACAUUCAAUAUGUUGCUUUCCCUGCCAUAUCAUGUGGUCUUUAUGGCUAUCCUCUUAAGGACGCUUCUAGAAUUGCUAUAUCUACAGUGAAGGAGUUUGCAAAUGACUUCAAAGAGGUUGGUGGUACUGUGCAUGAUAAUCAUCUGGUUGUACCAAUGGAGAUAGUCUCUCAGGGUCUUAAGGAAAUGGAUUGACUCCAACUUUGACUCCUAGAUAGAACUGAGCCCAAUCAUACGAUGGAUACCCCGAAUAUGUCCUCCAUACUCGUAAAAGUGCAUUUUGUUCUGUUCUCAGAUGAUGUUUACAAUGUAUGGUUGGAGAUGGUUGAUGAAUUGCUGUAAAGAGUCAGAGAAUGCAAUAACAAUUGAGAAACUACAAUGGGUCAAUGCCACCAAGUGGGUUUAGAGAAGGUACUGUCUGUAUAAAACACCAAAUAAAUGAGAUUCAAAGUUAUGAUCAUGUGGCCAUUUAGGAGAUCUUGGCCUAUCAUUUGUAGGCCCUACUAGAGAUGUAGUUUAACUAGAUACUAUUGAUGUAGCUGCAUCCUUUUCAAGAACCAUACACAGGAUGAAUGCUAUAGAGACUCGUAAAAGAUGUGCAAGAAAUAAUUUGUGGUGUGCCUAAUAACAUGGCAUGUGUGUCCAAUAUUGGGACUAA